AUGGGGCGCGGCUCAGCAGGACCGCGGUCCGUCUGCCCCCCCCUGUGCCCCCCCCUCCGCGGCCCCCUCUGCUGCCUCCUCGGGCUCCAGCUGGUGCUCGGCGCUGCGCACCCAGACUCCAGAGUCUUUCUCAUCUACAACACCGGUGUGCAGGGCUGCCUGGAGACGAAGGACUCACUGGUGCGGCUGGCCAAGGGCUGCAACGCCAGUGUCCCAGCCCAGCAGUGGAAAUGGGUCUCCCGAAAUCGCCUCUUCAAUGUGGGGGCCAUGCAGUGCCUGGGGGUGUCAUGGCAUGGGGCCAAUGCCACGGCGGGGCUGCACCUCUUGGCCACCUACGAGUGUGACCGUGAGUCGGUCAACAUGCGCUGGAGCUGCCGUGGGCUCGGGGAGCAGCUCUCACAGCAUCUAGGUGCCCGCCUGGGCAAUUCCUCUCUGGACAGGGGGGACCAGGCACAUGGCUCACAGUGGAGGACGUAUGGCACCAAGGAGGAUCUGUGCUCCAUGCCCUACUCUGAAAUUUACACCAUCCAGGGCAACUCCCAUGGGAAACCCUGCACCAUCCCCUUCAAGUACGACAACCAGUGGUUUCACGAGUGCACCAGCACGGGGCGGGAGGACGGGCAUCUCUGGUGUGCCACCACCCAGGACUAUGGCAAGGACGAGCGGUGGGGCUUCUGCCCCAUAAAGAGCAAUGACUGUGAGACAUUUUGGGACAAGGAUCACCUCACGAACAGCUGCUACCAGUUCAACUUCCAGUCGACAUUGUCAUGGCGGGAAGCCUGGAAUAGCUGUGAGCAGCAAGGGGCCAACCUGCUGAGCAUCACAGAGAUCCAUGAGCAGACCUACAUCAAUGGUCUGUUGACGGGGUACAGCUCCACGCUCUGGAUUGGGCUGAAUGACCUGGACAUCAAUGGAGGCUGGCAGUGGUCAGACAACUCACCCCUCAAGUACCUCAACUGGGAGAGCGACCAGCCUGACAACCCCAGUGAGGAGAACUGUGGGGUGAUUCGCACUGAGUCAUCUGGGGGAUGGCAGAACCGCGACUGUGGCAUCGCCCUUCCCUACGUCUGUAAGAAGAAGCCCAAUGCCACGGCUGACCCCUUCAUGACAGACUCAUGGUCGGAGGUGAAAGUGGACUGUGAGCCCAGCUGGCAGCCCUUCCAGUCCAACUGCUACCGGCUGGUAGGAGAGAAGAAGAGCUGGCAGGAGGCAAAGAAGACCUGCCUGCGGAGCGGGGGUGAUCUGGUCAGCAUCCACACCCUCUCUGAGCUGGAAUUUGUCACCAAGGAGAUUAAGCAAGAUGUGGAGGAGCUCUGGAUUGGCCUAAAUGACCUCAAGCUGCAGAUGAACUUUGAGUGGUCAGAUGGGACACCUGUGAGGUUCACGUACUGGCACCCCUUCGAGCCAAAUAACUUCCGUGACAGCCUGGAGGACUGUGUGACCAUCUGGGGACCGGAGGGGAGGUGGAACGACAGCCCCUGCAACCAGACCCUGCCAUCCAUCUGUAAAAAGCCUGGUCGGGUGAGCCAGGAGAAGGAGGAGGAUGACCACGGGUGCCGAAAGGGCUGGAAGUGGCACAGCCCAUCCUGCUUCUGGCUGGGCGAGGACCAUGUCCCCUACAGUGACGCCCGCAAGACAUGCUCUGACUACAGCUCCACCCUGGUUACCAUCACCAACAGGUUCGAGCAGGCAUAUGUGAGCAGCCUCAUCUACGGCUGGGAUGGGGAGUAUUUCUGGACCGCUCUGCAGGACAUCAAUGAGACAGGCGUGUUCCGCUGGCUGAGUGGAGAUGAGGUGAUGUACACUCACUGGAAUCGCAACCAGCCUGGUUACAACAAGGGUGGCUGCGUGGCCCUAGCCACCGGCAGCUCCAUGGGGCUGUGGGAGGUGAAGAACUGCAGCACCUUCAAGGCCAAGUACAUCUGUCGGCAGAACCUGGGCACCCCAGUCAAUCCUGAACUGCCUGGUCCUUUCCCCACGCCCAGCCUCACUGCCACCUGCCCCCAAGGAUGGAGCUCCGACCCCAAACUCCGUCACUGCUACAAGGUAUUCAACUUCGAAAAGUUGCAAGAGAAGAAGACAUGGAUUGCUGCACAGGAAUUCUGCCGGGAGCUGGGGGCCCAGCUGCUUAGCCUAGGCAGCUAUGAGGAGGAGCAUUUUGUCGCAAACACCCUCAACAAGAUUUUUGGGGAGUCAGAACCGGAGCUCCAUGAGCAGCACUGGUUCUGGAUUGGCCUGAAUCGGCGCGACCCUGCUGGGGACCAGAGCUGGAGGUGGAGCGACGGGCUGGGGUUUUUCUACCACAACUUCGACCGCAGUAACUACGAUGAUGACAUCCGGAGCUGUGCAGUGCUGGAUCUGGCCUCCCUGCAGUGGAUGCCAAUGCAGUGUGAAGCCCAGCUGGACUGGAUCUGCAAACUGCCCAAAGGUGCCGAUGUGAAGGAGCCAGAGAUCACGACCCAAGGCAGCAAAGAGUGGGUGAAGUACGAGGAGGCCGAGUACAAGUUCUUUGAACACCACUCAACAUGGCUGCAAGCACAGCGCAUCUGCAGUUGGUUCCAGGCUGAGCUGACGUCAGUGCACAGUGAGGCUGAGCUGCACUUCCUGGGCCAGAACCUGAAGAAGUUCUCCAGGGGCCAGGAGCAGCACUGGUGGAUUGGGCUGCACACCUACGAGAAUGACGGGAGGUUCAAGUGGUCUGAUGGGUCCCUUCUCAACUUUGUCUCUUGGGCACCGGGCAAGCCUCGGCCCAUCAGCAAGGACAGGAAGUGUGUGUACAUGACAGCCAGCCGAGAGGACUGGGGGGACCAGAAGUGCAUGACGGCACUGCCUUACAUCUGCAAGCGGAACAAUGGGACAGCUGUGAAGCCUUCCCUCUCCCCGGUACCUGCUGCCACGAGUGGGGGCUGUCCCAAAGGCUGGCUGCCCUUCCUCAGCAAGUGUUUCAGCUUCAAUGGCCACAACAAAGGCGAGAUAGUGAAGUGGCCAGAGGCGAAGCAAGUGUGCGAGAGCCAGGGCGCCAUCCUGGCCACCAUUGCCAGCCCCCUGGAGCAGGCCUUCAUCACAUCCAUGCUGCCCAACAUCUCCUUUGACCUCUGGAUUGGCCUGCAUGAUGCCCAGGGGGAGUUCCAGUGGGUGGAGGGAGAGCCACUGCGGCACGUGAGCUGGGCACCUGGAGAGCCGUCAGGCUGCAGCUCCUCCAGCCCCCAUGAUGAGCCGACCAACUGUGUUGUGGUGUGGCAUGGCUCACCCCCCCUCUUCACGGGACGCUGGGAUGACCGGAGCUGCCUGGAGGAGAAACAUGGCUAUGUCUGCCAGCGGAGCAUAGACCCAUCCCUGAGCCCUGCGCAGGCACCGUUCCCCCCUUCUCCUACCGGCACCCUCUUUUACCACAACAGCACUUACCGCAUCCUGCAGAAACCCCUCAGGUGGCAUGAGGCGCUGCUGCUCUGCGAGACCCUCAAUGCUACCCUGGCCACUAUCCCCAACCCCUACAGCCAGGCCUUCCUCACACAGGCUGUCAGCAGCCUGCAGGCUCCACUCUGGAUUGGAUUGGCCAAUGAUGAGGGAGGCCGGAGCUACUCAUGGUUGACAGAGGAGAACCUCAUCUACACUAACUGGCAGGACGGGGAGCCCCAGCAGAUGGCUGGCUGCUCCUACAUGGACACAGAUGGGAGCUGGCGCACAGCCAGCUGUGACACCAAGCUGCACGGGGGCAUCUGCCAGCUCCAAAGAGGUCACCCCCGCAUGCACAAGUGGAGCUACAGCGGCAGCUGUCCCAAAUCAUUGGAGGACUCGUCCUGGAUUCCCUUCCGAGACCACUGCUACACCUUUCACAUGGAGAUCACCCUUGGGCAGAAGGAUGCCAUGAGGAGGUGCCAGAAAGUUGGCGGCACCGUGUUGUCCAUCCAGGAUGAGACAGAGAACGUCUUUGUGUGGGAGCAUCUCCAGGCAUACGAGGGCCUUUCCAAGGGGGCCUGGCUGGGCAUGACCUUCAACCCCAAAGGUGGCACCUUGGUUUGGCAUGACAACACUGCCGUGAACUACUCCAACUGGGGCCAGCACGACACAGGGCCCAGCAUGCUUAGCCAGAACAGCUGCUACUGGAUCCAGAGCAGCAAUGGCGUGUGGCGUCUAGGCUCCUGCACAAACGUAACCAUGGGGGUCAUUUGUAAGAUCCCCCGAGUGGAGGAGAGCAGCUUUUCAAAGGCAGCUCUGCCAGAGAAUACGACAGCCAUUGCGGUGGUGGUGCUGUCGACGCUGGCGCUGUGCGCUGUGCUGGGGGUCAUUGUCUUCCUGUACAAGCGUCGACAGAGUGCAGAGCGUGGCGCCUUUGAGAGCGCUCGCUACAGUCGCACCACCUCCAACCCCAGUGAAUCUGCCGAGAAGAACAUCCUGGUGUCAGACAUGGAGAUGAACGAGCAGCAAGACUAAUGGCAGAGGGGACACUGGGGAUGGGGACCUGGGGAGGGGGGAGGACGGAGAGCAUCACACAUGCUAUCCCCAUGGGGCAGGGGUGGCAACGGGACUGGUGUGGCAGGGCAGGGAGAGGGGCUAGGGUCAGGGUUGGGGUCCAACCAGGGGGGCAAGAGGAGGGAGCCAGGGUCCCUCUUGCCCCGCAUGUCACUUCUGUCACCUCUGGGCUUGUCCCCAGCUGCUGGGGUUUUGCCUGCAGCAGCUGUGGAGGCAGUUUCAGGGAUAAAAUUUUUGAGGGAAGUUGCUGCACAAGUUUGAGAGCUUUCCAGUGGCAUAAACAGUCUCCCAGACACCUUUGCCUUGGGAGAAGGCAAGCACAGGCAUUCAGGCCCUGCAAGCAGGCUCUUCCCCCCAGGAAUCAAGCUGGUGUCCACGAAGACGUCCUCCCAGUCAAGAGGUCUCCAAAGCCAAUCUACCUCCCCUCUGUGUGCAGCAGCAAGGGCCCUGUCAGCUCCCAGCCGCACCACUGUGCUGCUCCUUCCCUCUCUUCAGUCUCAUCCCCUGCCUCCAGCAGAAAGCAGCAGAGACAGUGUUGCAGUGAUCUGAGCGUGGACCCCCAGGAUCUGCGAUGGAAUCCCCCUCUCCUCCCUGGCACUCCUUCCUAGUGCUGUGCCCAGCCCCAGUGAGGGCUGUGG